CUUCCCCCGCCUUCGGCCAGGCCUCGGGCGGCGGCGCGGGGCGGAGCAGCCCCGGCCCCGGCCCCGGCGGCGGCCAGGGCGGGCCGGCGGGGGAGCGAGGCGCUCGGGGAGGGCCCGGCCGGCGGGGCUGGCUCCUGCCCGGCGGGCGCGGAGGCCGCGGGAUCGGCGAGGCGGGAAGGCGCUCGGCCGGCGGCGGGAUGGCCUUGGUGCCCUACGAGGAGGGAGCUGGCUGGGGAGCGCGGCAGCUGCACAGCCCGUCGGCCACUUACCGCUUCGCCAGCCACACCAUCCGCCUCAGGCAGGACUGGCGGCGGCUGGGGGUGGCGGCGGUGGUCUGGGAUGCGGCUGUUGUCUUGUGUGCUUAUCUGGAGACGGGAGGCAUUGAUCUCAGGGAUCGGUCUGUGAUCGAGCUGGGAGCUGGAACUGGAUUGCUGGGAAUAGUGGCCACGUUAUUAGACAGGGCGGCAGCACUGGAGUUCCUGGAGUCAAAUGUACAGGCUAACUUACCUUCUGAACUACGUCCGAGAGCUGUGGUGAAGGAACUGACGUGGGGAAAAGACCUGGGUAACUUCCCUCCAGGAGCAUUUGACUUCAUCCUGGGUGCAGACAUCGUGUAUCUGGAAGAAACUUUUGCAGAACUGCUUCAGACACUGGAGCACCUGUGCUCAGAGCAAACUGUGAUUCUUCUUUCCUGUCGUAUCCGCUAUGAACGGGAUCACAAAUUCUUGAAGAUGCUGAGGGGCCAUUUCUCUGUAUAUGAGGUCCACUAUGAUUCCAGUAAGGAUGUUCAUAUCUACAAAGCACAGAGAGGUAGUCGCAAGGAUGACUUUUGACUCUGUGCUUUGUUAGUAAAUUACUGAUGCUGUUCAAUCCUCACCUUGUUUCUACUCAAUACACUUGUUCCUAAGCGUAUAA